AGGAAGGGAGAAAAUGUGUGUUGUGAAACCAGCCCGUCUCGGGAAGACUGUCACGUCGCCUUGAGCUUCUCCUCCCCAGAAGCAGCCCCGCAAAUAACCCUCUUGCGCCCGGGGAAGGGUGUGCGGCACGGUCCCUGACCUUCUGGAAGGGCCCAGCGAGAAAAACGGAUGUUGCUGCGAGUGCCAGAGGCGCACAGAUGAGGCGUUUUGUUUAAAUGCUUACCUCCGGCUCAAGGCAUAGGAGGCGUUCUGGUACUUUCGGCUGGUAUACUCCCUUCUGGAACGUCACGAGGGAGCUGCCUUCCAUCUGAGGCAGGAGAUCCGAGUGGUUCUGUGAGCAUCUCCCGGGAGCUGCCCUGUGGAACCCAGCGGCUCCCUCCGCCCCUCCCCCGGGCCGUCCGGGCUCCGUAUCUGGAAUGUAAAAGAACGUCUGGAUUCCUGGUGUGGUGUCAGGACCGCUUCUCUUAAGAAAGCACCUCCCUCUUAAACAAAAGCACCAGGGACCGCGGACCCUGCUGUUGGCUGUGACGCGCGUCAAGCUUAGAACAAGGAAGGAUUGCGUCCUCACUCUGUCGCCCUGCAGACCUGCACCUUGGCCACUGUAGGUGUUCCACGAUCUUUGAAGACCCAAGAAAAGCAGUGUUGGCCAAAAGCAAGACAAAUGACUCACAGAGAAAAAAGAUGGUGGGGCCAAGGGCAAUUAAAGCUGCCUCAGGUUCUGAGUGGAUGGUGAACGAGCUGGUCGACUGAAGGACAUGGUUCAGACUGUCCCGGACCCAGCAGCUCAUAUCAAGGAAGCGCUAUCGGUCGUGAGCGAGGACCAGUCAUUGUUCGAGUGUGCCUACGGAACACCACACCUGGCCAAGACGGACAUGACCGCGUCCUCCUCCGGCGACUAUGGACAGACAUCCAAGAUGAGCCCCCGCGUCCCUCAGCAGGACUGGCUGUCUCAACCUCCAGCCAGGGUCACCGUCAAGAUGGAGUGUAACCCUAACCAGGUGAACGGCUCAAGAAACUCCCCGGAUGAAUGCAGCAUGGCAAAAGGCGGGAAGAUGGCGGGCGGCCCAGACACCGUCGGCAUGAAUUAUGGCAGCUACAUGGAGGAGAAGCACAUUCCGCCCCCAAACAUGACCACGAACGAGCGCAGAGUGAUCGUCCCAGCAGAUCCUACACUGUGGAGUACGGACCACGUCCGGCAGUGGCUGGAGUGGGCAGUGAAAGAGUAUGGCCUUCCGGACGUCGACAUCUUGCUGUUCCAGAACAUCGACGGGAAGGAGCUGUGCAAGAUGACCAAGGACGACUUCCAGAGGCUCACCCCGAGCUACAACGCUGACAUCCUUCUCUCCCACCUGCACUACCUCAGAGAGACUCCUCUUCCACAUUUGACUUCAGAUGAUGUUGAUAAAGCCUUACAAAACUCUCCACGGUUAAUGCAUGCUAGAAACACAGGGGGUGCAGCUUUUAUUUUCCCAAAUACUUCAGUAUAUCCUGAGGCCACGCAAAGAAUUACAACUAGGCCAGAUUUACCUUAUGACCCACCCAGGAGAUCAGCCUGGACCAGUCACGGCCACCCCACCCCCCAGUCGAAAGCUGCUCAACCAUCUCCUUCCGCAGUGCCCAAAACUGAAGACCAGCGUCCUCAGUUAGAUCCUUAUCAGAUUCUCGGACCAACAAGUAGCCGCCUUGCAAAUCCAGGGAGUGGGCAGAUUCAGCUGUGGCAGUUCCUCCUGGAGCUCCUGUCGGACAGCUCGAACUCCAACUGCAUCACCUGGGAAGGCACCAACGGGGAGUUCAAGAUGACGGACCCCGAUGAGGUGGCCCGGCGCUGGGGAGAACGGAAAAGCAAACCCAAUAUGAACUACGACAAACUCAGCCGCGCCCUCCGCUACUACUAUGACAAAAAUAUCAUGACCAAAGUCCACGGGAAGCGCUACGCCUACAAGUUUGACUUCCACGGGAUCGCCCAGGCCCUCCAGCCCCACCCUCCAGAAUCAUCUCUGUACAAGUACCCCUCAGACCUCCCUUACAUGGGCUCCUAUCACGCCCACCCACAGAAGAUGAACUUUGUGGCCCCCCACCCUCCCGCCCUACCCGUGACCUCGUCCAGUUUCUUCGCCGCCCCAAACCCCUACUGGAAUUCGCCAACCGGGGGUAUAUACCCCAACACUAGGCUUCCGGGCAGCCACAUGCCUUCUCAUCUGGGCACUUACUACUAACGACCUGAGGGAGGCCUUUCCCAACAGCAUACAAUCACCAAGAAAUUGCCACCAACUCUAUCGGAGAACGUGAAUCAAAGUGCCUCAAGAGGAAUGUAAAAGCUUGACUGGCGCUGGGGAAGGAAGCCAGGGACGAGAUCCAAAGACUCUUAACGGGAGGGAUUUACUAAAGUAUUACUCCAGGAAUAAAGAGGAUGCGAGAAAUGUAACGUUAUCUGGACACCUCGGGUGUGGACCCACCUUGUAAAAGACAUUGUAAGUAGAAGCAUGAAGAAGCCACGAGGACAACGUGCCAAAGAAAGUGUUCUUAAGAAACCUAUAAACUUCAGAGGGGAGUUUGGGGUCCCGCUAGUGCAAACGGGGAUUCAAGUACCUCCCCUGACAUACCAUUUACAUGUCAUUUUAAGGAAAACUACCUGUAUUUAAAGAUAGAAACAUAUCAAAAAAGGAAAGAGAGAGACCGUGGCCCGUCGACAGAUACCGAGAUGGAACUCAGUAGAACGUGCUGUUUGGGUGAAAUCAGAUGCGUUCCGUUCGGGGGAGAGCCGCAGCUCCUGGACGGUAUCAGGGGAACUGAGCCCGGCGGUGGGGCCGGGGCCGUCUGCGGACAGCGAGCGUGUGGUUGUAGACAGAGGGCUGGAGGAGGUGCAAGAGAAGGGAGCGGAGGAGGAGGAGGCCAGAGGGCUGGGAGAGACGCUUGUCAAGCAGUGGAGACUGGACUUGGGACAGUGCAGAGGCCGGAGACUGAGUCGGGAGACUUGCGGGUUCAUUGGUCGGUGCCCUACCAAACCCAGUGUUAAGAGGAAGAAUAUGGCGUCCAGGACGAGGGGAAAGUAGUAGAAUUCAGGAACAAGAAUACGCAUCUCUCUUUUUUGUUUGUUUGUUUGUCUGUCAAAAGAAAAAUUUAACUGGAAUUGUCUGAUAUUUAAAAGAAACAUUUGGGACCUCAUCGUUAUGCGGGGGGGGGGGGCUCUGUUCCCCACAGGGUCAGGUAAGAGGUGGGUAGCCUUCUUCGAUGCUGCCAUCGGAAACCAUCUAGGCAUUUGGGUUCGGCAGAGGCUCCGGGUUUCCUUUCGAGUCGCAAACGCUGUGCGUUUGUCAGAAUGAAGUAUACAAGCCAAUGUUUUUUCCCCCCUUUUUAUAUAAUAAUUAUAUAACUUAUGCAUUUAUACACUACGAGUUGAUCUCGGCCAGCCAAAGAUACACGACAAAAGAGACAAUCGAUGAUAGAAUGUGGCCUUGAAUUUUAACUCUGUAUGCUUAAUGUUUACAAUAUGAAGUUAUUAGUUCUUAGAAUGCAGAAUGUAUGUAAUAAAACAAGCUUGGCCUAGCAUGGCACAUCAGAUUGA